GAGAGUGAAAUGAUUUUAUUAGUUGUGUAAUUAUUCUGAUUAGCUUUUUCAGACUAUAGAAAUACACUUAAGGUUGACGUGCGCUACAGCAUCUCUCUAAUGGCUGCCGCGUUCACAUGUCGGAUUGAUCGGAGGAAUGUCUUGGAUCGUUCACGUGUUCCGAGCGAACACAAUAAGAAAUCCGAAAUCGCGGCCAGCAUGUGGGAAAGAUCGUUGUCCAUGAGAUUAAAGCCGAGUUUCCUAGUUGUAAUUACAAGGGCAUUCAUGUGCAUUUUCCCUAGUAGCAAGCGAGCUACCCUUGACAAGUAAUGCCGCGUUCCUGUCUUGUAUGAAACUCGAGCCCUCCAUUUUAAAAUUAAUGUCAUAUUUACGUUGAGCUUCCAAUCGAUUUAUUCCGGUACAUCACAAGUGGAAACUCUGGAUCCGACUCUUCAGCAAAUCGGACAUUUCGGGAGUUUCCGACAUAAGGUAUAAUGAUCGAUAUCAGCAGAGCAGGGGAACCCAAAUACAGCCUGUGAAAAGUACGUCAAGAAUGUAGGGAUGGUCUUUCAUUCCCUUAAUUCAGCCUGACCGAUGAAUAACAAGGCCCUUCUAAAAUUAAAAUAUAGAUUUUAAAAUUAAUGUAUGUUGGAACGUUCCAUGCGAUUGAGCAGUAUUCCAGAAGAGGCCAGAGGCAACUAUAAAAGAGCUGGGAACUCACAGAUCUAUGUAGACAAAACCGAAUGAAUCGUUGGUUUAUUCAGUUCAAUCUUAAUUUACAUCGCGCAGAAAUAUACUACGUAUGUCAAAUGGAUCAGUUCUAUUCACUAAAAUGUCAUUUGUGUGCUUGUGGUUACGUUUGUUACCUAAUGUCAAACUGCAUUGUAUAGAGUAGAAUUUCUGAGUAAAAUGAAGGUAUACAUUUUAGAAACAUGAACGUUCUAUCUUGCAGUCUUUUUUCUUUCUAUCUUGCAGUCGUCUCCGCAUUUUAGACCAUUGCAACAUAACGUUAGCAUUUAUAACUUUUUCUAUUCCAAAUUUUUCUCUCAGGUCCAUGAUAAGAAAUAAAGAAGCCAAUCGCAUGCAAUCUUAAUUCUAUUCAUUAUUCCUCAAACGCAGUUAUUUAUUUAACCGAUGAAGGAUAAUGGAAGCGGAAUCUUCAAUGCUUUGCAUAUACUCGUAAACGAGGUCAAACGCGAACAGCAAAAUGUAGCCUAAAAUCUCUAUAAUCGAAAGAAAAGUAUAUUUAUUGUGAAACCGCUAUCGAAUGUUGGUUGAUUAUAAUAAAAUACGAUACAUGAAAAACCUAUUCUUCUCGCCAAAAUUCCCUUAUUGAUAAUGACGAGCCAUUCGAAUAGAUGGAACUUUCGUGAAGUGUGUCCUUGACUAUCCCCGCUUAAGAGUGCAGUUUUGAAUUCGGGCUGCGCAGUAUGAGGGACCAGGGGUAAUACGAACAACCCUGGUCAAUUUCCCUGUCCAAUCCCUUGCCAGAUCCUACAAGAACGACACCUCAUAUUCCAUUCAUGACACUUUAGGUGGGGCUGACCUCUGUCGUAUUCCCUGGUAUGGGGCACUAGAGACCCCGUGUAGCUAAGGUUGGCUACUCUGUUUCGGUAUGUAACGAAGGCUUUCCCCUUUGCGUUGAAAAUACAUACAUAAAAACCUUCAAGCAAUAUAAUCCCUCUAUAAAAUAAUCAAAUAAAUCCUCGGCCUUUUCAUUUAAUUACUUGAGCAUUUCCCCCAUAUUGUAGACACGGGUCCGCUUUUUGUAUAAAAUUCUCCCGAAUCAAUCCACUCUACCGACACUUGCGAUCACUCUCGUGUGCCACAACUACACAUGGCAAAAUCCGAAUGCGCUUCAGCAACCCUUCCUAGAAAAAAGUCACACCCUCUUGGCAUAGACAACAGCUAAAUUCGGCGCCCUAUUUGACCAAUGGCUUGCUCGUACAGCAAUGCUGUCCUUUGACAGGCACUUCAUUGACCAAUAAUAUAUUGGAGGUAGGACAUCAGUGCAAAACCCGCCCUAGUAAUGAGCCCCUGCAUCAUUGCCCGUGAAACCCCGUGGCACCGUUGUGUGUCAGACAGUUUCGCUGGGACCCGCGAUCUAUGCCGGCGAAGAGGGGGAUGGGCGCCACUGCGAAUGUUAGGACCCGAGACAGAAUCAUAGCCCUGUACUACUACCACAUAGAGCUGCAUAUACCCCUUUAUAAAUAUCGAUUGUAAAUAAUAUACAGCACCAUAAUAAAUGGAUUAAACCACCCUGGAUUCAACAUAUACACUCGAUGGAAAUACGGUGCCCAAGCAGGACAGGGAAUUAAACGUUCAACCUUUACGUGGGGGAGAUUUAGAAGUUUGUUUCCUACACCAGAAGAGGGAGCUACCAAGGGGGGCAAAGGAUAACAGGAGACUCCGAGGCCGAGUUUGAGGCCUGGUUCGAUUUGAUGUUGGAAUACUCGAAGAUCUGCAGACAACACAGGAGGAUACUUAGUUCGUACUGGGUUGGAAUGUCUCACUAGGUCUCCCCAUGUCCGUGAGCCGUCGGCUGCGGCUUUGCGGCACCCCACCCCUAGAGUGGUCUGUCGCUGCAGUUCGGACCCCGUGAUCCCUCUCCCGCCCCCCCCCCUCCCCUCCCCCCUCCUCAUCCCUCCCCUCGUUCCCCUCCUCAUCGCUGUGCAGGACGUCAUGAGCAUAGUAAUCGCGCUGGGAGUCACCACACCAGAAACGUCCUACUCAGAUAUGGCUGCUGGAUCAGACCCUGAGUCAGUGGAAGCAAGUCCUGCAGUGAACGAGAAAAACUACCCCAACCACAACUGUGGGAGUGCACACAGUCAUGGGUAUCGAGGACUGCCAUAUACUAUGCAACAGUCUUCCGUUGUGUGUUGUCAGGAUCACAACUAUGGCGCACCCCCUCCCCCCACCCCGCCCGCCUCCCCGCUCUCCCAAACCAUCAUUCCCCGCAUGGAGCUCAACCCCUCCUCCCGCUACCAUGACAACGCCACCAAUGGCGGCCAGGAGGAGAACUCUGCCGACAGCGAAAGCUCGUCGGAGGAAGACGGGGCUGUGGCCAGCUGGUGCCACUGCAGCCUGACGCAGGAUGGCUUCCUCAUCAAGUGCGAGAGCUGCAGGGGGCUGGACAGAAGGAAAGGACUGUAUGGCCAACGCAGGAAACCAGAAAAUGUAUCAGUGGGCGAGAGCAGUGCCACGGAGAGCGGCGACGAGGAGGUGUCGCCCGCCACAGUGUCCUACACGGCCACACAGCACACGCCCACCAGCAUCACGCUCACUGUCAACCGCGUCAAGCGGAACAAGUCCAAGAAGAGGAAGAAGAGCACGGAGAAGGCCCGCGGAGUGCCCAAGGGCAAGAAGAUCAAGGCCUUCAGAGAGGGUUCUAGAAAGUCCAUGAGGAUGAAGAACUCCACGACGGAGGCCAGCGCGGUGGACGAGACUACAGCGGAGGGCUGGGAGAGCCGCAUCCGCCAGUGGACGGACCAGUAUGAGGAGGCUACAGCCAACCAGUACAGCGCCGAUGUCCAGAUGCUGCUCCAGCUGCACCGUGCCGUUACCGCCGAGGGCGUGGCGAGUGAGACUACCUCACCGGCCCAGGUCAACGCCUCGGCGGACGCCAUGGACACAAUUAACCGUACAGAGCUGGCGUGCAACAAUACGGUGCUGGGUUCUCAGAUGCAGUUACAGCUGGGGCGAGUGACUCGUGUGCAGAACCACAGGAAGGUCCUACGGGCGGCAAGGGAUCUAGAGCCAGACACCCUGAUCAUCGAGUACCGGGGCAAGGUCAUGCUGAAACAGCAGUUUGAGGUCAACGGACACUUCUUCAAAAAGCUCUACCCCUUUGUGCUGUUCUACUCCAAAUUCAACGAGGUGGAGAUGUGCGUGGACGCACGGACAUUUGGGAAUGAUGCACGCUUCAUCCGGAGGUCCUGCACGCCCAACGCAGAGGUUCGGCAUAUGAUCGCCGAGGGCAUGAUCCACCUCUGUGUCUACGCUGUCACGCAGAUCCCCAGAGACGCAGAGGUCACCAUCGGCUUUGACUAUGACUUCAAUAGCUGUAACUAUAAGGUGGACUGUGCCUGCCACAAGAACAACCAGCAGAACUGCCCUGUGCAGAAGCAUAACCUGAACCCGCGCGAGACCCUAGGCUGCCCCGGCACGGGUUCGCUGCCCCCACCCUCCCAGCUCACAGGGCACACGGGGGCAGAGACGCGGCGGCGGAAGGCCCGGCGGAGAGAGAUAGAAGGGUCAGGCGGCGGCCCAGGACUGGGUGGGAUGUCGGACGACAGUAACCAGCCGCCUGAGGAGAGUGGUGAGGUCCGGGAGACGCUGCAGGGCAACGGCAGCCUGGGCAACAGCGAUGUUGAGCUGUGUGUGAAUCUUAGUGCAAAGGAGGGCCUCCUCAAGCAGGAGGAAGGAGAGGAGGGCGAGCUGGACCAGAACGGAGUCCUCAUCUCCACUAGACAGAAGAGGACGUCUACCACAGGGGGCAUAGAUGAGCCCAAACAGGAGGGCCUGGAUUGCGAGGAGUGGAGCAGAGGGAACCCCACAGGGAGUAACCCCACACCCCACCAAGCAGGGGUGGGGAUAAGCACCCGUCGUGCAACUUGCACGACUGAACCAUCCUCAGCAGCCGAUGCAGACAAGACUCAGACGUCCGCCGCUCCCCUCCCGGCCCCCCUUGCUCCCCCCAAGCCUCCCCCGGCCCGCACCUCCAAGCCCCGGCCUAAGAGCCGUAUCUCGCGCUACCGCUCCAGCUCGUCACAGCGCGCCCGGCGCCAGCGGCAGGCCCUGGCCCAGCAACAGGCGGCCCUGGAGCAGGGGAUGGCAGCUGAGAUGCAGGAGAGCCCCCUGGGGGCCCCUGGUUCAGAGCUGGGCCUGGUGGACGGGGCACUGGGAGUUGGGCAGGUCUUAGACGGAGACGGCCUGAGUGCUCUGAACAAGGGCAACCUGCCCAAGACCAAGAAGUAUCUGGUGACAGAGUGGCUGAAUGACAAGGUGCUGGACAAGGCAGCCCAGCAGGAGGUGCCCACUGUGGAGCGGCAGCUGCGCAUCACCACCGACCCCACGGUGCUGGCCACCACCCUCAACAUGCUGCCGGGCCUGACUGCCUCGCCACUCAUCUGCACAGCGCCCAAGCACUACGUGCGCUUUGGCUCGCCCUUCAACCCCGAGCGACGGCGCCGGCCCGUCAGCGUGGACGCAGCCUACGGCUCCUUCAAGAAGAGAUGGAUCCAACAGGCCCAGUGCGAGAGUGGGCCGUGCUCGGGAGGCCUGGAGGACGGCACCGAGUCCACCUCUUCUCACCAAAGUAACAGCAGCAGCUCCACCCCCAACCCUUUUAAAGCAGAACUGGCGGCACCCCCCAAGAAGCGGCGGUCCAUUUACGGCCCAGAGGCGGAGGCGGCUCCACCACUUCCCGGCUCAGAAGAACACAGUCUGCUACUGCGGCCCCUAUCACCCAUCACGCCCCCGUUGCCCUCAGACCACCCCUUACUCAGCCCCGCCUCCUACGCUGCCCCCGCGCUGCUGGGUCGUUACGGCGACGAGGAGCACCGGCUGUCCAACGGCUAUUCACCGCUGCCCUCGCUGCCCACCAGCCGCUGCAACACGCCGCUGCAGUUUGAGAACAUAUCAUCUCCAGAGGCCUCUCCUGUGCACAGGCCGGAGUCCAUCUCUCCAGAGCCGUGCCUGCGGCCCGACUUUGACGCCCAGUGCUGCGCCCUGCAGUUUCCAGACCUCUCCCUGUCCUCGGGCCUGGAGAGCCCCGUGCCUGCCAUGUCGGAUGACUUCACUCUCCUCUUGGCAACGGGGCCUCCUCCCGACACACAGGGGCCGCUCACCCCCUUGACACCGGGUACCCCCUCCGAGUCGGCCCUGCAGGCCAGAGAGCAGAGCUUCAGGACGGAGUUCAACCUCAUCUACACCUGCUCCCCACUCAACGCCAACCUGGGAAACCUCGCCCCUGCUGCCCCCACUGACAGGCGCAUCAGCCAAUCAGAGGGCAGCUAUUCCCCGGCCGAGUCCUUCUACAGCACCGUGAGUGGCCAGGGGAUCCUGGCGGAGGCGGGGUCUGACUCGCUGUCGCCCUACGGCGAGCCGCACUUUGGCGGCAGCUACCCGGAUGGCGGCACGCCACCCCACCACACCAGCAACCCACCACAGAAGAAGAAGAGGGCCAUCCUGCAAACCGUUAGUCUGCUGACAGGACAGCCAGAUUACCAGGCUAUAGCAGUAAGACGUGAAUACAAGACAGUACAAAAUAUGGUGUCUCUGCUGGAGUACCGUAAGAGGAAGCAGGGGAGCAGCAGGGACCCCGAGCACGGGGGCAGCUCCCUGGGCACCCCCACCUGCCUCGGCUCCGUCUGUGCCAGCGCCGAGUCCCCCAGAGGCCCCCAUUCCCUCCACUUGCAGCCCUCGUCCUCCCCCCACAGCUCCUUCUCCUCCCCCCCCCAGAUGGAGGAGGUGAGCCCCCCAGAUAACCACCACCACACCACCACCUCCCACGCCCCGGGACCACCACAGCAACAGCAGCCCAGAGAUCAGGAGAGCAUCAGCCACUGGAUGGUGCCCACAACAGUAGAGCGGCUGAGGGAGGGCCAGGGAGUCUUAGAGCGGGUACUGAGGGGCUCCCUCAAGAUGGACCGCGUGCUGAAGAGGACGGAUGGCUCGGCUGCUGAGAAGGACCCUGAUGUAGACCGGUAUGAGAUCCAGACAGUUCCCCUGGCCUCUCCCAUGAAGAGCCCACAGACAUACAGCCCGUCUGUCUACACUUACCAGGUGCAGCCCCCCUUAUUGGAGAGCCACCAGCAGACAGUGGACAGUCCAGCCUUCCUUCAGCAAAGCGUGUCCUCUCCAUUCCAUGGCUCCUACAGCCCCUCGGCUCCCUUUCCCUCAGUUCAGGGCUUCUACCCUCGCCUGUCUCAAGACCACUCGCAGCAUCAUCCACAACAGCCACUCAACUCCUCGCCCUCCUUCCCCAACCAGACAACCUCCUCUGCAGACUCAGCCCUAUGUGGGGCUUCCAGACCACCAGGAGGCGCUCUGCACCAGUCGAGCGGCAGCAGCAGUAUGGACGGGUCCCACACGUACAGCGCCGGGAGCCAGCUAAAAGCAAGCCUCUUGAACAGCGGGUUGUCAGGGUCUCCUACCCCUGGCUCCAGGGCUCACGGCAACCCUAAAACAGACUUUGGCGCCAGUGUGGCGGGGAACCACACCUCCAGACUGAGCCAGCAGCUGGCGUCCCGGAGCCUGAAACCAGGCAGCCCCGGUCAGACGGUGCUGCAGGCCGGCUCCAGGCUUCUGGCGGCCACCGCCGGCCAACACUACCCGCAACGCGGGGGCACCACUCAGUCCGUUCCAGCACCCCCCCAUACAGGGGCCAGGAGUAAGGACACAGUCAGGAAGCGUUUAGGAUGUUGUGUGUGUGUUUUUGAGUGAGUGAAAUGGUGUACCUCCUCUCCUAAACCUUCUGGAGAAACUAGGUUUGGGGAUAUGUACAGACCUCCGAGGAGCCACGACUCUGCUUCUUGUAUUUCUCCUUAUUUUCUGUCUUUCUUGCGGAAAACGAUUUACUGUGUUCUGCGGAAAACAAUUUACUGUGUUCUGCGGAAAACAAUUUACUGUGUUCUGCGUCAAGCUAAUCGAGGAACUUCAACAUCCUCAAGGAAUCAAUGGAAAAAGAGGAAGAAAAUACAUGUUCAACAAAAAAGAGAAAUCAUUUGUAACUUGAAAUGACCCUGACAUGAACAGACUGUGUAAAACAGGCUAAGUAGAUGGUGAAACUCAACCAUGAGUAUCUGUGUUUGUUUUUGAAGAAAUGUACCUGUUGUUUUGGUACCUGGUUUGAUAAUGUUAAGAUUUUGUUGAGGUAACUUUUUGUUAUUUGGCCAGCAGCAGGGUCAGUCCUGCAGUAUACAUGUGUUUAGUUUGGAAAGGGUAAACGAUACCAGCAAGAGCGUAUGUGUGUAUCAUCCGUUAUAAAGAUGCUGAGAGGGUGGCAGCUAUGAGCUCCCUAAAAAUCAUUCCAUAUGAUUUCCAACUUUUUGUGUAAAAUGUUUUUCUGAAAAUUCUUGAUCUGUUUUUCACUGUUCUUUGAUUUUCUUCUGCUCUUUGUUUUCCUUCCCCACUUGACUGUUUUGAUUUGCUAUAUUACUACUUCACAGUAGAUUUGCUAUAUUGUACUUGAGUCAAACAGAUCUUGUAAUUCAUGGUGCUGCAGUUGUUUUCGUUUUAAGUUAUUUACAGUUAAAUCCAGUUAUGUUUCCCACAAAUCGGUUGAUUCAAUUCGCCAUCUGUAAUUUGGAAUCAAACUUUUGCCAGAAAUGCAUCCUAGUAAUCGUUAACACCUUUUUGUGCUGGAAUGCAGUGACAGUGAGAAGUAAGAAGAAUAUAUAUAUAUAUUAUUUUUACUCCGUUGUUGGGUUUGUCGUCUCUUUUGAAUCCUGUCGGAUUAGUUUUAUCAAAAUGUAUUGAGAAUAUAUUUCUCUCCUUCUGACCAUUCCUUACAUUCCAUAUGCCACCUGAGAAAACAGGAGGAUGGUUUGAACGGUAUAAAAAAGCUGCUGUGUUCUCCUUAUUUGUUGCUGCUUCAAGAAGUCUCACUUUCCACAGAAUUAGGGUCCUUACCAACUGAAUACUAAACAAAAAGAUGAAAAUCACAAUGCAAAAUGAGUCAUGUGCCAUGACCACAGCAUUGGGACUUUCAAUCAACGUUAAAUGACAUUGCUGAUGCACGCUGGGAGUUGUAGUACCCUAGUGCCAGGAAGAUGGAAAUCGUUCAGACUGGACAGUCUAAUUUGGUUGGGAGUAAAUGUCUUUGGGGCCCCAGGAACCACACUGGGGCUUCGGAAAGAGGGACUGGCCAGCUUGACCGGACACUUGACCUUUCUUCUUAUUGCCUCAUCCACAGACGUAAGGUACUCACUGUUUGAAUGAAUGUUUGACAGAAUACUUCCUGAAAAAUGUCACCCAAAAUUACCAGCACCUUAAUUAAAGAAAUAACCCCUAAAAUGAAACAAAAAUGACAAUGUAUGAUCCUGUGUACUAUCAAAUGUGUUAAACUGUAAAGAUAAAUCUAGUACACUAAAUUUGCCGCAUGAUAUUUAUUUUCUGGGACUGACAGAUGGUCGGAUUGGGAUGAUUAGGUCUGUUGACAAAGUCUUUGUUUUUACUCUUCACUUUCGACUCCCAGAGAAACUGGACACUGCAUUUUUUUGGGGGGGUGACGUUUAACUCGUUUUAUUUUUUACACAACAUAGUGGUGACUAUGUGGACUCCCCCAUCCAAAAGAGAAAAAAGCAGAAGAGAUGUUAAUGCAUUUUCAUAAUAAAGUACUGAUGAUGUAUUUAGAAAAA